ACGAGACGUGGAACGUAGCACUGGAAUCGGUUUUCGCAGUAGUAGGCAGAGCAGUCAACAAUAAAUGCGAAGGGCGAAGAAUGGAAAAACAACAACCAAACAAAAACGAGGGAGAGAUUCAAAAAUUCAGAUUGCAUACACUAUUUAACCAUAGUUUUGAAACUUUUCUGCAAUCAAUAUCAUAUUCAUGGGUAUUUUGGGCGUGAGCGAGAGCAUAAUAGUCAUUGUGUCGCCGUAACAUUUCAAGCGAUUUGUACGAUUUUAAUCAAAUUGUCAUGAUUUAUUCCGAUGAAAAGAGUCAACUUUCUCCAAUAAAUAAUAUGGUUCAGAAACAGAAACUGUUGCCCACACAAUUCUACGGAAAUAUCGCACCCGAAAUCGCAAUGCGACUACAGACUCUAGACCAAACGAAACAAACUCAUUUGAAUUCUAUUUACAAAAUAUAUCAACAACGAUAAUAACAACGAAAAUGAAUAAGUUUGCAUCACACGGCAUGCGGUUAGUUGUUAAACAUUGUCAUGGUAAUGAAAACUACAUAUUUUCAACAUCUGUCGGUCCGAAAUUAUUCUGCUUGAAUGAUGUAAGUUCAUGCAUAUACCCCAGCCGAAGAUAGUCGAAUAUUUCGGAAUGAACUCAAUUUUUGGUGCUUGUAGUUGUCGUUUUUUUUCUGGGCCGAAAAACCAUAAAAUUCAAUGGAUGCAUCGCAUUCAGAAUGGAAUAAUAUUGAAUUCGAUCGCAUAAUAAUUCGAUUGUGUAUGAUUACUGUUAUAUUUGUUAAACGACGGUAUCCAUCAGCUGCAUGGUUGGAAUAAUGCGUUAUUGGAACGGUCAUAAACAAUAUGUGCUUGUGCGUGCAAUAUGUUCUACGAAAUCGUACAUCGUCAUCGACAAAAUACACACAUCUGAACGGCAGUCACAAAGAAAUCCAUAGCACAUAUAUGUCAGAAGAAUGAGAAAACAAAAGCGAAAUACACAACAACAGAGAACGAAGUGAAGAGAAAAAAACAUCCAUUCGCCAACUAUGAAAGAGUCUAUAAUAAAUUAUUAUUGUUGUAAAAGUAAAACGAACGACAGAGAGAAAGAGUUUGUGUGCGAGUGUGAGUGUGCACAGGAACGAUAUGUUGCAAUAUACGAAGAAAUAAAACGAAGUACAUUUGAAAUCUCUUUGUGGUGUUUGUCUUUUUUGUGCACGGAGAGAAACGAAGAAACGAAGUGAAGAACAGAGAGAAGGCGCUGAACAAAAUAAACCAAACAACAACAGCGCAAAAGAAAAUUCUUUGCUCGUGCAAUGAUGAGAGACAACACAAAACUUAGCAUACCGGCAAAAAAAAAUAAUAGCAGUGCGAGAUAGAGAGUGAGAGAACGACGCAACAACAAUAACUACAUUGGUUAUGCACCAAUACACUGAAUCCUGAACAGACUAAUAAAAACGCGCGCUCACAACGUCGUCCCUAACACAAGCGGCGAAUGCUUAUCGUAUCGGGAGAAUAGAGAGAAUGAGAGAGAGAGAAAGAGCCACAUUGAGAAUGUAUAAAAUUGCUUUUGUUGUGCCUGCUGCGGCUGCUGAUGUCGCUGCUAUUGCUGAAAGAGGGAAAGGAAUGAGAUGAGAGAAUACAAAUGUGAAAAAAUAGUAACGACGUUUCUCCGUAAUAAGAGAGACUCGACGAUUUUCCAAUGCUACGCUUCUACUUCAGUUGUUCGUCGACUCUGGACGAUGUUACGCGCGUAUUGCAUGCAUUCGUUUUGAGAUAAAUAAAAGAGCGUUUUAUUCGUAUCCAACAUUUUCUUUUUAUAACGUAUCAACGUUCAAACUAAGUGCUAGUUUUUUACAGAAAAAUAAUCGUUUUUUGUUGUGUUCGUGUGAAAACCAACCGAAUUUUACCUUUUUAAAUCAAAAGUGAAUUUUUUUUAGCGUGGAUUCAAUUGCACAAAAAUUGGUCAAUGAAAGGAGAGGAGAAAGAAACAAUUCACUAAGAACUGCUUCAUUUUCCACGCCAGGUUGCUUUCAUUGUUUAUAUGUGUGUUAAGAUAAAACUAGUUUGUUGUGUAAGAGCAACGGUAGUGCUGAAUUCAUUUCAUCACUUUUUCCCCACAACAACGUCGUGCAAGUGUUUUUCGUCGUCGCCGUCGUACGUAUGCGAUAUUCUCAAAGAGUAGUAAACAAGAGCAGAAUUGUGCACGACAAAAGAGAAAUAUUCAAUUUUAAUUUGUUUCAAAAAAUGUGUUCAAUUAUGUGCAGCGGAGCGGCUAAAAGUAAUAAAUGUGUGUGAUAUCGUUUUAGUGUGUUUUGUACUCGUAAUUUUGUUGCUAAAUUAAAUUCAAGAAAAGAGAAGCAAAAAAAUGACAUCACAUCGAAUUAAUGAUCACUUAAGAGAAACAGCAUUCCAACGCACUUAAAAAAAUUAUAUUGUUGCCAUUUAAGCGAGCAUCAAAUGAUGUGUUCGCCGUUUUUGCGCCCGUGCUCAACGUGUACUUCUAUUGUGUAAAAUUGAUAUUGCAGUUUGUACUUCGAACAAAACGAAAAAAAGAAAGAAGUCAGAACACAGCAUUUAAUUGUGGUAUAAAUUGAAUAGUAACGAUUUUACAAAGAGCGGAAAAAAAGAAACUAAAAAGGUUGCGAUUAAACGAAAAAAAGAGAGCCAUACUGAGUUGAUUGAGCCCUUGUGACAAUGACAACGGGCUCUACACGCAAUUUGUGUCUGAAUUCAAGUGUUCAUUGAAGAAAAAAAACAGAACGUUCAAAAAGAAACGCAGUCGUCACGCAAAAAUGGAACCGAAUUUCAUACGUAGAUCGUCACGAAGAACUUUUUUAUCCAUAAUUUUAAUACUCAUCGCCAAUGGCAUCGGGAUUGAGCAUGUAUCGGCCGUUCGCCCGCCACCACCUACUGUGGAGAUAAAUAAAUGUUGUCGAAUUGGCGAAACACUAGACCGUAACAAGCAGUGUUCGAUCGGUGGAAACGGUACAGAUCAAUGGUGGCCACUAAUUUACCUUGUUGCUAAAGGUACCUACUUUGCGAAACACGGUGAAGCACCGCGAUUCUUACGAGCUCGUGAAUUUACGCAGCCAACGUGUGAAAAUGCCGAAUUAUUUUUAAAUAAUAUCGCCUUAUUUUCCAAUGGUUCACUGUUUCUGGGCGAACGGAAUUCCUUUAUCGAUCGCAACGACUACUGCAUCGACAAAGAUGUGGCUUUGGUGUGUUUACCGAAUGUAAAUAGCGCCGAUUCACUGAAAACACCCAUUAAAUUAACCAAAAUCCGAAAGUGUUGCAGUUUAAAUUCGAUCUACUUAACGCAUGAUCAAAACUGUGCUCAAUCCGAUGAAAGUCAACGAAAACUAUUAGAAACGAAGAAUACAUCGAAUAUCGAUUUGGUGUACGGAUUUCCUUUGUGCAAAGGUUUGGCCACCAACAAUUACAUGAUCGCCGAUCAAUUUCGCGAACACAAUUUGAACAUCGACAAUGGGACUUAUACAUUGGAACCUUCACGCAAGACCCUGACCAAUGAUGAAUUUUGUAUUGAUCAUUCACAUCAAAAUGGACACUUAGUCACUGCCAAUGUGUUUGCAUGCGAUGAAUUGGUUGAUGUGAAAGAAGCGCCAGAACUGAAAAUCGAAAAGAGACGACGCUUUCUCAUUUAUUCGAUCGCCUUAAUUAUAUCGGUGAUAUUUUUGUCAUUGACAUUGGCGAUCGGUUUUCUGUUGCCCUCCAAUCAUCAUGUGCUGCAUUGCAGAUGCCAAACAUAUUACGUCGCUUGUUUAUUGAUCGGUGAUUUAUUGCUUGCAAUCAACCAAUUAUCUGGAUCGCUCAUUAAAGGCAUUCCCUGUCUGGCAAUUGCCACCUCGAUGCAUUUCUUCUUCUUAGCCGCCUUCUUCUGGCUUAACACCAUGUGUUUGAAUAUUUACUUCACGUUCAGAGAUUUUCGGCCAACAACAUUGGGAAAGAAGCAAGAGAAAAUCCGUUUGCGAGUCUAUAGAACGUAUGCAUGGGGUUUUCCGUUUCUCAUCACCGCUAUUGCGGCCAUUAUGGACAAUUUACCCGAUUCACAUGAUGUAUUACGACCGAAAUUCGGUGAAAAGACAUGCUGGUUCGUUGGUGACAUGGAAAUAUUUGUGUACUUCUUUGGUCCCAUUGGAUUGCUGUUGUUCAUAAAUAUAUGCCUAUUUGCAUCCACAACGCGACAACUUAUGUGCGGCCUAUGGAAACAAGACGACGUAAAAUCAUCGACGGAACGCGCUGCACUGGGUCGCGUUUGUAUGAAGCUUGUCGUUGUUAUGGGCGUCACUUGGUUAUUUGACGUGUUAUCUUGGGCACAUAACGUAUGGAUCUCCGAAGUAAAUGCCACGAAGAACAACACUAACUCUAACUCGCUAACGCAUGAUGUUCGCUAUUAUUUCUGGUAUGUAAUGGAUGCGAUCAAUGCAUUGCAAGGAGUUUUGAUUUUCUUAGUGGUCGCAUCACAGCCUCAGGUUUAUUCGGCGAUUGCGAGAUUUUUCUCACCAAAAAGCAGCCGCUCCAAACUGAACACCACACAUGGCCAGCAACAUUCAAGCUCAUCAAAUGGAUUAGCAUCGAUCGGCGAAUCAAUGGCAAACAAUACAUUCAACAAUACCACCACGUCGAAAGUACCAAUGGAAACGAUUUGUUGAACAAAAGAACGAACAGCAUCAGUCACAACAACAGUAUCAUUCAACUAUGAUCACAUAGCUCAUCGAAUUCUAUCGAUUUUUUUUCUGUUCGACAAAAAUCAAAUCAAAUGUAUUGAUUGUACAUGAAAUUAUUAUUUAAAUAAUUUAAUUGAAGUAAUAGACGCUAGGAAUUGGCUAUGCAUAUGCUUAAUCAAUUCUGUGAUUUCGAGGCAAAAUAAUCCCAUAUCGCACAUCUAAGCACUUUAUUCAUCAGCUACCCGUAUUUAUUGAACAAACAAAAAACCGCAUGUUUGCUACACAGUAAUGUCUUCAACUAAACUAUGAAUCGGCUAUAAUGAGGCUUUAUUCUGUGGUUAAGCAAAUUGAGAAAAAAAUUUAACAUAAAGGCAAAUGUCAUUAUGAAAUUAGAAGCAUUCUACUUGCAGAUCAGAAAAAAGAACCGCACGACAGUAACGCACUUCACACAUGAUUGAUCGGUGACAAUAAUGUGUGUCAGUGUUUAACAAACCUUCACGUCUGUCUGUCUGUCCAAUUUACUCAGCAGCUUCAUUACAGCUCCACUGGAUAUAGAAGAUGACAUCAACAUUAUUUUCUAUGGGUGAUACUUUUGUGUGAUGACUGGGAGUGGUACAUACAAAUUAAGUGAUAAAAUCGCUUCUACACCUAUUCUACUUGAAUUCUUAGAAGGAACAUUCAUUUUUCCCACCAUCUCCCAUUCAACACCAUUUUAUUCCAAUGAACCAUUUAUUCUUCGGCUUUUGUUUUCGUGCUACGAUAAUUGUCAAAUAAUUCGCAUUGAAAAUAAAAGUUUGCGAAUGAAGGUGUUUUUUUUUAAACACAAAUAUUAAAGAUACUCUGACCGCCUACGCAACAGUAUUACGUUGAUUUCAUCCGAUUUUUGCUCAUAAAUGUAUGAUUAAAUUAUGUCCUUUUGUGUAUUGUUUUCUUUUUAUUUCUUUAUAUUAAAGAGAAAAAAAAACAUUUAGUUUUAGUUUGUAGAUGAAAAUAUGUUUUGUAAAUACCCAACUCAUUUAAACCAUAUUUCGACGAGAUUCAUCUCAUUCCCAAAGAUAAUAUUUCAUUUUCCAAUUUUUUCACAUUCGAAAAAAAUUGACUCUAUUCCUUGAAAACCAUUCAUUAACCUGGCCAAUCGAAGCGGUGUGGUUUCAUCGCAAAAUCAUUUUUGAUACAAAUAUAAUCAAAUCUUAUGUAAAGCCAUAUAUAGGAAUUUUUAGACUUCAUACAAUUCACUCAUAAGUAUGCCUUGUUUUGUAUUUUGAACUAAUUUACACGCAUAAAAUUUAAGAUAUAAAGGAAAUAAACUUUUUCAAUUCAAA